AUGACAGAUCCAAACUUGGAAAAGGUAUCUAAAGAGAUAGCCGAGCACUUUAACUUAUCAAUUAAUAGGACUGAAGAUCUUAAAGAAAUCAAAAACAGUAUCGAAAAUGUUAAUAAUCAAAUGGAAGAGAUUAAAGAGUCGUUACAUUUUGUACGCCAAGACGUAGAUAAACGUUCAGAAGUCGCUUCAAAAGAAUUAUCCGAUGCGGCUGAUCAAUUGGAAAAUUUAUUUGCAAAGAUUGAUUCGUUGGAGGCAUUUGUGAAUAUUGUAAAGAAAUCAGUCAACGAUGUAACAGAUCGCGUGGAUGAAACUGAACGUCUAGUAACGAAUCCGAUCAAUCGUGUAUGGGACACUAUAAAAAUGAAUACCACAAAGUCAAUCGACACUGUUGAUCUGAAUCUUCCUCGGAUGAAACCGUUGAAGAUAUAUAACACCAAAGAUUAUUUUCCGACCCCUUCGAUAACUAAUAUCGACGAAGUAGCAGAACGAGAAGCAGCACUACAAUAA